AUGAAACUUCCAAUUGAUUUUCAUUUUUUUCCCUUCAAAUUUCAUAGCAAAAUUUCCUGCCCUGUAGGGGUCUCGAUGGUGCAAUCUCAUAAUGUAAACACCUCUAAUGUAGGGAAGUUCCUUUUGAAUUUAAUCCUCCUUUUUCCUAUAAAAUUCCUUCAAUCUAUAUGACCAUAGGAGAAGAUAAAUUCCAACUUGUGUGCAGUGUGUAUAAGUGCACCGAUUUUUUAUUCAGCGGGACAUUGCACAUUUGCUAUGGGAACUGUCAGAUUUUUAUGAAUUGCAUAUUUUUAUUUAUUUAUUUUGAAACAGAAGAGCACAGCGCUCCCCUUUUCCAUUACUGGAAACGACAAUUGUUCAGCUACAGAGCAAACUGAAAAGAAAAUCAACAUUCACAUAUAUUUUGGCUGAAAGGAACUUUCAUACUGUUGAGGAAGAAAAUAAUUUGCUUUGAAGCAAUGGCUUGGACGUUGACAUCAGUCUGGACCCUAUAAUCGUGUUUUGUAGUUGUAUCAUGAUGUGUUUUCAUCUGAUUAUCUUUCGGUAGUUACUCAUAUGGUUUUGUGCUCUUCUGCUAUUUGGCAUUCUGGACAGUUUACUCCUUGUUUCUUUGUACCAAAGAAUCGUGGUAGCUCCAUAUCAUGAUGUGCUACAUUGAUCAAUCAACUGGUAAGGUAUACGGGAGAGAUUAUACACAAACCAACCCAUAGAUGGGCCUAUUAGGGCCUACUAGCCCCGGUUACUGGCUUACGGCCUACUCCUACUCGUACUCGGCCUUUCUCGAUUUCUCCAUAUAAGAAAGCUAUACGAUUUCCUCUCUCUCAAAAAAAAAAUAAUAAAAAGAGGCAGGAGCAGCUAUACGAUUUCCUCCUACGCGAGAAACCCCAAUUCCCCAACCUCGCCGGCGAUCGCCGAUUAUCGCGGCCUCGCCGCCGGCGGCUCCCACCGGCGAUGCACCUGUCCCCACAACUCGGCGAGACUAUGCCCUCGAAGAAACGGAAGGUAGAGCUCCACGCCGACGAUCAGCCUCCGCCAACCCAGGCAAUAAUGGCCACACCAGAGCCCUGCAGUGGACGCCCAUGGCCGGACCUCCCGUCGGAGCUCCUGGGCCUCGUGCUCCUCCGCCUGCCGUCCCACGCCGACCGCGUCCGCCUCCGCGCCGUCUGCCGCCCAUGGCGCUCCAGCGCGCGGGUGGAGCUGGAUCUUCUUCCGCCGCCCCUCCCGUGGCUCCUCCUCCGCGGCGGCGCCUUCAUCACCCUCCCCGACGGCGCGGCCCACCGCUUGCCCGCCGUCCCCGGCGAUGCCACGCACCUCGCUUCCACGGGAAGCGGCCUCCUCAUCGUGCACGGCGACGGCAUGCUCUCCCUGAUGAACCCGUCCUCCUUGGCAACGACCCCUCUCGCCGCCCUCGCCGCCGUGCUCCCUAAAUACAUCAGGUACAAAUACCUCGCCGCCGAUAGGCAACGACUUGUCCCGCUGAUCAACAAGGCGGUGGUGUCUGAUAACUUCACCGCUUUGCUGAUCGGAAACCGCACUUGGAAGGUCAUUGUCACUAUUGGAUUUUCACCUCCACUUGCACAUUUCCCUAGCUCCAUCGUCGACAUUGCAUCCUUCCAAGGGAAGCUCUACUACCUAACAUCUGACGUAAGGAAACGUCAGGAGGAGCUCUAUAUCUUUGGAGUCGAUAAUGCUAAGCAGAUUGGCAUAAGAUGCAUAAGCAGCACCCUGAAAGAUAUAGGCGAGGAAUCAUGGUUUGGCCCUUGCUCCACCGAAAGGUACGCGACGGAGCGAUAUCUCGUCGCGUCCAACGAUCGGCUGCUCAUGGUGCGACGGUGGAUCAAUCUUCCACCAAUCUAUCCAAGCGACAGUGGCAUUGUUAAGCGAACACGGCGGUUCGAAGUCUUUGAAGCCGCAGACCUGAGCAGUGGCUGUGGAAGGUGGAUCAAGGUGGAUACAUUGAUGGGGCAUGCUCUCUUUGUUAGCAAGGGCUGCUCCAAGUCGCUCAGUGCCGGAGCUGAAGAAGACUGCAUCUACUUCAUGCAUGAGGACAUCAAGAAUGGGAAGCCUGAAGAUCCUUUUUUGGACUCUGGCGUGUACAACAUGAGAGACGGGACAGUGGCGCCAUUGUUGACAGAGACUCUAGUGGCGGAGCCUCUUGCAGUACACGGCGGUCCAUGGUGUCCAACUUGGCUUUUCCCCUCUGAAACUUGAACUUAGUUGGAUAGUAUUCUUGCUUCCAGGUGUUAUAUUUACGAUUUCUCUUCUUGGCAUCUCCUGAUAGUAGAGUUUUGGCAUGAACAUAAGAGAAGUGUCAAUUAACUUUUACUGAUGGUUCAGAUGUAAAUGUAAUCAGGUUGCUUUUGGUAAGAUGAAGGAAACACAUUCAGAUCUAA